AUGGUGGAGAGGAAUAUCAGUAGACGAUGUGAAGCUGCAUAUGAAAUUGACGAAACUUUAAACUUUAUCUGGAAGUAUAAUCAUUACGAAGAGGAAGAAAUUUGCCGAAGGAGUAAGGAUUUUGUGAAUAAAUACAAAGAUGAUGUUUCCAUGGAGCUGAUUGAUGAGCUUUUGCAUUUGAAAUUUAUCCAUGAUGUUAACAUCAAAAAUGAUUUGGACCCCUUUCUUCUUCUCAAUAAAAUCAACGACCUGAAACUUAUAUGUCUUUUCCCCAACAUUUGUAUUGGCCUGAGAAUUUUUUGUACAUUACCAGUUACGGUAGCACAAGCUGAACGGUCUUUUAGCAGACUGGCGCUUAUAAAAGAUGAUCUAAGAUCAACAAUGACGCAAGGUAGAGUUUCUGGCUUGGGAAUUUCAGCGAUGGAGUGUGAUUUAGCAAAAAAGAUCAAUUUUGACAGUGUAAUUGCUGAUUUUGCCAGGAAGAAAGCGAGGAAAGUUUUAAUCUAA